AAGGAGAUGAUAUGGGACGUCUGAUUCUGCAACGAUCGGAUCACUCGGGGAACACCGAAAGUAGUCGAGGUGUGAUGCGAAUGUGAGAGACAAGGGGAGAGUUUUGGCUCGGUGGAACCACUCCUGCACUAGUGAGAUGAGUGUACGUGAGUGGGAGGAAUGGGGAGGUGGGGAUGAGCCGAUGGUAGCUAUAAGUCGAUUCCAGAGCUGUGGUGUUGAAAAGGCGACACUGCGCCACCUGCUACAGACGUGACACAGAAGCAUAGGUGCUUCAUGCACCGAGGUUUCCAGAGAAACGGUGGCCCCUUGUGUGGGUAUGCAUGCAAUGAAAAUCCGGCUGAGGAGUUCAUCUGGGAGGGAACGGAUGAGGGAGCGUAGACCUUUACACUUCCUCAUGAGCCGUCGUUGCUUUUUCUGGAGGACCAGGAGAUCCUUGAUCAUCUCUUUGUAUUCCUCAAUCUGGUCUCCAACCUCGAGGAAAUCAGAGAAAAGCUUGAGUUCAACAGAUUCUAUCUCGGAGAUUUGCAGGGUUGUUGGAGGGUGGUUGGUCUUUGAGAGGGGUCUAAGUGCGGUUGGGAGAUUUGUCUGGAGAAGAAGUUCCUCACUAUCGACGACGUGCUCUUCAUCCUGCUCAGAUGAUGACAUGAAUCCUUCAGUUGCAAGCGUGGUAUUGGGUAAGUUCUGUAGAGAACGUGUCCCAGGUUUGCAUAAGAAAGACGAUGAAACGAAAUCCUCUUACCAGCGAGAACACCUAUUGCGGUCAACUACAGUGUUGCCAGAUCACGUUCGUCGCGGCGUCCAAAUUUGGUCCAACUCCUCGGUAAAUUGAGAACGAAGAAGUUCAAAAUCCAAAAAUCUUCAGCAGAUUCCCACCUUGUUUCGACAACGAAAGUUUUGGAGCGGGUAAGGACAGACGUGCAGAUGGACGAUGUUGUG